AUGUCCGCCACCUCAAUCAUCACCGACCCAGUCCUCACAUCCGUCCUUGCCGCCGCGCACGAAACGCGACAACAAUGUAACUCCAUCCUCGACUUCAUCUCCUCCCAAAACACCUCCGCAUCCGCAUCCGCAUCCGUCUACGAAGACACACACCUCCUCACCGCCCAAAAGACGCUCAGCACGCGCCUCGCCAUCCUCCGCGGUCUGAACCGCAAAGCGAUUCUUUCCGUGCGAAACACCAAACACGAAACCAGCGAAAAGCGACAAGAGAUAGACGCCUUACAUCUCCAACUUCAAAAUCUCUACUACGAACAACGACAUCUCCGAGGAGAGAUUCGAGCUUGCGAAGAUUAUGACCACAAAUUCCCUCUCUUAAAUAUGCUCCCCGCCUCCGACUUUCUCUCGCAACACCCCGAAGAUUUCGCUCUAGAUACGUCUGAAGAUGAUCACGACCUCACCAUUGCACGAAUCGAAGACGAACAUGCGGCGAGGAAAGAAUUGGAUGGCAGAAUACAGGAAUUGACCAAGCAACGAGAGGCGCUGAUGCGGAAGAAUGAUGUGGAAAAAGCACAAUUGGCUGCGUUGGAUGAGAGUUUGGAGAAAUGGAUCAUGGGGGGCAAGGAGAAGAUUGAGAAAUUGUUGGUCGAGGGGAGGAAGGUGUCUUCCUAGCUAGCAUGGUGGGAUCAUAGCGGACCCUCUCAAACGAGGUGCUCUAGAGCAGAGGGAAGCAGAAGCAGAAAAUAUCGCUUGAUGGUC